AUGGUAGUCGCUGUUAAAGUAUUCAAAAAGACAACCCCUAAUGGGAAAGUCACCGUUUACCUUGGCAAGCGUGACUUCAUUGAUCAUGUAGAUUACUGUGACCCUGUUGACGGAGUAGUUGUGGUUGACACCGAUUACCUGAAAGGAAGAAAAGUUUACAGCCAGCUCGUAACAACGUACCGCUAUGGUAGGGAGGAAGAUGAAGUGAUGGGAGUGAAAUUUUCUAAGGAAAUGGUCAUUGGUCAAGAACAAGUCGUGCCCAUGGUCAAUGCUAAAAUGGAGUUGACACCAGUACAGGAAAAGUUACUGAAGAAGCUUGGACCAAAUGCCUUUCCAUUUACUUUCAAUUUCCCGGAGAUGGCACCAAGCUCGGUAACUUUGCAACCCGCGGAAGAAGAUCAGGGGAAACCAAUGGGCGUUGACUAUUGCGUGCGCACAUACGUGGCUGAAAAUGAAGAUCAAAAGAGCCACAAGCGCAGUUCCGUCACUCUUGCAAUCAAGAAGCUGCAACAUGCUCCAGCUACACGUGGGCGACGUCUUCCAAGCUCUCUUGUUAGCAAGGGUUUCACUUUCAGCAAUGGCAAAAUAAAUCUCGAGGUUACUCUUGACAGAGAGAUCUACUACCAUGGCGAGAAGAUUGCUGCUAAUGUUAUUAUAUCCAACAAUUCGCGUAAAUCUGUACGCAAUAUUCGCUGCAUGGUUGUACAGCAUGUGGAAAUUACUAUGAUCAACUCACAGUUCAGCCGUCACGUGGCUUCUUUGGAAAGCCGUGAAGGUUGCCCUAUUACUCCUGGAGCAAGUUUGUCCAAAACUUUCUAUUUGGUACCUCUGGCACGCAGCAAUAAGGACAUUCGUGGUGUGGCCUUGGAUGGACAUCUGAAGGAAGACGAUGUCAACUUGGCAAGCUCGACUUUGGUAUCUGAGGGAAAAUGCCCUGCUGAUGCCAUUGGUAUCGUGGUGUCUUACUCUGUACGCGUGAAGCUGAACUGUGGUACUCUUGGUGGAGAACUCGUUACGGAUGUACCUUUCAAACUUCUUCAUCCAGCUGAAGGCACUAUUGAACGCCAGCGUUUCAAUGCCAUGAAGAAAAUGCAGUCAAUUGAGAGACACCGCUACGAAAACUCAUUGUACGCCAACGAAGAAGAGGAUAAUAUUGUGUUUGAAGACUUCGCUCGUCUUAGGAUGAACGAGCCUGAAUAA